UGUGACUGCGUGGUUGUGUGUUUAGGAAAUGAGGGGGGCGUGUGUUGGGCUCUGAGCGCAGUCUCGAAGUCUAAUAAAGCAACAGCUGGAUCAGCAGUCCGCCCUGUCCCUCUGUGUCGCGCCGCAGAGGGGCCCAUCACACCAAGUCAGUCUGUGGGGAAAUGUUCACGAUGCCUUCACUGUCAGGGAUUGGAAGGACUGUUUUCUGUCUCCUUUUGCUCUGGACAAGAACAGUAGCUCAAAGUGAAGAGGUGCAAUGCUCCGUGACCGGCCCAGUGGGGGCGCUACACCCUGUUCAGGGUCUGCUGGAGACGUUUGAGGCAGGUCCAGGCUGUGCUGCUCGAGAACAUGGGAACAAGGAGACUCAUGUCAUUGCAGUGGGGAGAGCGACAAACAGCCUGGAAAACAAGGUGACGGUGUUGCUGAAACCUUUAUCUCAGGCCCCUUCACCUCUCAGAGCUCUCCACCUGCUGCUGAGCUCCAAGCUCCCGGUCAGCUGGUGGCUGGAGGCUGAGAGACUGCCCCCCAACCUCCCAGUGCUGGUGCAGGUGUCGUCGAACUCCACCGUACAGUCCCACACGCUGCGUUUGCAUGUCCACAAAGUGCAUUUGCUGCCUUUUCGCCCACGUGCUCUACACCGCUGGGCGCUGAAACACCACGGCAACCUGUCCUCUCUAACACACACCACACAUGGCAACCGAGUCUACGUCCGACUGGGAGAGGAUCCAACCCUGCCUGCUGUGUGCCAGCUACAGUCCAUGUUCCUCUCUCAUAACUACUUGACCUCUGACCUGCAGCCACAGGAAGUGCAGGGGUGUGUCCACGCUCCAGCAGGCGGGGUCAACCCUGAAGUCCAUGUGAUCAAGCUCCAUUCAGCGGGAUCAGGGCUUUGUGGCUCCCUGCAGGUAGAGGUGAUUGUGUCUCUUGUGCCCCCUGUGGCCAACUCAAAGGCACAUAAGGUUGUACUGAUUCUCAUCAGCUCAGUGCCAGUCAACUGGGCCAUUAUCGCUCACGGUGUUCGGGGCCAUAUCUCCGUUCAUUCCUCCAACAGUGUGUCCCCUCCUUACCCUCCUGAGCCUGACCUGACCGUGUCCAGUACACUUAACUCUGACCUGUCCACCAUAUCUGACCUUCUUGUCUGGGCAAGUGAGAGCGGCUCAUACACUGAGGCUGAUCUGGCCAAUCGCUUUGUGAUUCAGCUGGCUGGGGGCGGGACAGACGUGCUUCCAGCGAUGAAUCCCCUGGUUGUGAGGCCUCCCUGGGCUGAGGAGUGGCUGAAUGGUGGAGGCAGAGCAGGAGGAGGCCAAGAGAGUUUCACAGUGCAGUGUGACGACGGACGCCUCAGCGUGACCGUGGACCAACACAUCCUGCAGAGCUUGUCUGUCCCAGUGGCUGUCGUGACUCUGCAGGACCCGUCGUGCCAGGCUCAGCCCAAUGGGAGCAAUUUCCUGUUGGUGUUCCCAGUCAUUUCCUGUGGGACUGAGGGUGUGCUCCUGGGACAGCCCAGAGGGGUGCAGUACAAAAACAUGAUGUUGUUAUGGAAGGACGAGCCUCAGACCAUACUGUCUCUCAGUGAGGCAGAGAGGAAGUCCAAAAGUCCACUCGGCAUACACUUUAGCUGUGUGGCUGCUAUCCCCACCCCCUCUGGCCCUGCUGCAGAUAACGUUGAUGAGGCAAACACUUCUCAGGCUGGGCUCGUCCCCUGGGCGCCAGCGGAUCCAGGGCCCGAUCCAGGACUGAGCCACCUCCCGACACCCAGACACAGAUCCGGACCCGUGCUUAUUUUAAGGCUUUUUGUCACUGAGAAUUACGAGCAGAAGAGGGUUGGCCCCUGUGUCAUCACUGCAGGCCACCGUGUCUAUGUUGAGAUUUCAGCCAAAGGGCCCCUCACAGAUGUCAUAGAGGUGAAGUCAUGUGUGGUCUCUCCUCUGUCGGACCCGAAAAGAUCUCCUUUCUGGACUGUCAUAAGCGAGGGCUGUUCCUCAGACCCCUCUCUGACCCUCAGCGCAAAGACAAAAGAUGAAGAGGAGGAAGAGGCCGAAGGUGACGGCGAACUGGAAGAGGGAAAGGAAGAGACAGAGGGAAUGGAGGAAGGAGGAAUUCACCUCAGAGAUGGGGAUGUCUCACUCCAACACAAAGCUGAAAGACAGAGAGAGGCACCUGUGAGGAUGGAAAAGAGUAGCACAAGCACGAGAGCAGAGGAGGAGACACAGUCCUUGAGAUUUAGUUUUGUCCUGCAGCCGAUUCAUAAUAACUCUAUGCAGUUCCUCCACUGCAGCCUUCUCGUGUGUUCCCGUGACUCUACCAGAGGAGAACCCGUGAAGGAAACAGCAAAGAGCGACUGUCAGGGCAGACUGCGUAUUCCACCACUUGUAUCUAAGUCACCCAGACAUCAGUGUGAGAUCAGAAACCUGUCCAGGCCCAUGGUGGUCACCCAGUCCAUCAGUUCACUGGCACCCAAACUGCUGAGGCUCCCUGCUGGCCAAAGAACCAAGAGACUGAGUGUUUCUCCUCUGGCCAGUCCAGACCCAAAGAACAGCAGCUCUGUGGUGCAGACAGGACCAGUGAUGGGAUUUGUCUUUGCAGCCUUUGUGAUGGGUGUCAGCCUGAUGGGUGGGCUGUGGUGCAUCUAUAAUUAUACAGCGGCACAUCCACCGUUAUUUGGAAGAGAAGAUCGUUUAACUGAGCAGACUCAUGGAGGCCACACCACCUGGAAUCCACCUUCAGUGUCUGAUCAGUCCUCCAGCUCGGUGUAGAGGAUUUCCUCCUGCAAAUCUGAGAAAGAACUGGGACAGAGGUUCUAACAGCUUGUGUGUGAGCCAGCACAGCUGCCUCUGUGUGUGUGUGUCUGUGUGCAUGCGGAGCCAUGUUUGUGCAGUUCUCCUCUCGAGUAUCGUUCACCGCUGUGCAGCAGAAAUGCAAGAGGACUGAAACCAUGUAAAUACGCUAGCACUUACUCAUUGCUGCAUUGUGACAGGUCAGGUGUUUGAUUCAAAGUGAAACGCUGUUUGUUUGAUGCUGAAAGCCACUCUAUAUCGAGUCAUCUCAAAACCAUCAAUGUUUGUCUGGAUUCUGCGGGAUCUUGGUUGGAGUGACUCAGAUAGAAACCACAUCAUCACUGCUUUUGGAUACAGAACACAUGGUCAGACAUGUGCAGCAGACCUGUUUGAAGCGUCUGUGUUUUACAGAGCCAUUUUCACUUUUUUUGUUGUAACUGUGAAUCAGCUGGAUGUCAAAGCUGCAUCUAAAUAUAUGUGAACUCUUUGUGGCAAAUAAAAUGUUUUAAAUUGAGC